AUGAUACCUAGAACUGCGCGGAGACGACUUGAGGCGACUUUGCUGUCUGCUCGUCAGUCUCUCCCCCGCCCCGCACGCCUCUACUCUACCCCCACCAAAAGGCACAAUGCGCCCGCCACAGCGUCUGCCACGAUACCCACCCCAGACUCCUACCCCCCUUUUAUUCCCCAAAACAACUCCCAGCAUGACGAGCUCAGCGCUUUCCUCCACAGAGAAACGUCGCUGACCCUCCUGCCCACCCCAGAGCCAGGCACGUCCCUCUCCAAGGAGGCCGAGCGCUGGUUCGUCGACUCGUCGUCCCUCGACAUGGCCGGCAUCAUCGACGCGUGUCUGCACAACCUCCAUGAUGUGCCCCGUGCACACUCCGUCUUCCAGCGCUUGCGCACCAAGGUCGGGUCUACCGUCGUCCAGGCCCACAUGUAUAACGCCUUUUUGACGGCGUAUACGGGUAUGGCGGAAAAAGAGAUCACACAGGAAAAGCGCCAGUAUUGGAUCGACGAGGCGUGGAAACUGUACGAAGUCUUGGAAUCCGAAGCAGAGGAGGUCAAGCCCAACGCUCAAACGUACAGCUUUAUGCUCCUGCUAUGGUACAAAUUCCACUCUGUCCCUGCUAAAAACCUAGGAAUUUCUAGUGCUUACGCCACAGGGCCAGAUGGACUUUUGAUCAAAAUGCAUAAGCGCAACAUCCCCGUCCUCGACGUCGUCUGCAACUCCGCCAUAACCGACCCGGUCGCACUCACAGCAAUCGCAAAACGACUCGCCUUCGACGCCCUCUCACUGGGCUAUACCAAUGUGCUGCAUGACCUUGGACACGCCCCGGACGCCGUCAAAGAGACCAACUCGGAGUACGCCGCCUCCGUGCCUGACGUGCGGCCCGUGAUGGACUCGACGGGCGAGGUGCCGUCCAACAUCUCCGGGCUGCGCACGCAGCUCAGCAACCUACAAGACACGCGCGACCUGCUCAAGAGCGACGCAUACGCGCGGCAGCGCCAGCUCGAGUCGUCCGCGUACGACCUCGCGAAGGAGCAACUCGAGCGCCAGCAGCAGGCGUUCGAUGAGAUGGGCCUGACGAGCUCGCUCUCGAUCAACGAUAACGUGCUCAAGCGCUGGAUGUGGGAGUGGCAUCUGCGCCUGCGCGAUCGGCUGGAGAAGGACCAUGCGAAGCUGAAUAAAGGCGAGCAUCUGUUCAAAGGCCCCGAUCGCGAUGUCGAGCCGUAUUUGCUCAUUCUCAAGCCCGAUACGCUCUCGCUGCUUACGAUCCUUGAGGUGAUCAGGCUGCAUGGCAGCGGAGGCGUUAUCAACGGCAUGAAAACCGCGCGCGCGAUCAUCUCCGUUGGUAAAGCCGUCGAGGGCGAGCACAAGUCGCAGAUCUGCAAAAAGACCAAUAUUCCUAUUCCCCCGCAGACACAGCAGAGGUUCAACAAUGUGUUUACGCCGAAGGGGUACCAGGCCUUGUUUCAGCGCCGGAUUGCUGCUGCGCAGACGGCGACGGAUAAUGAGGGCUGGUCGGCCGCAUGGAGUCAGGCGCUGCGAGCUAAAGUCGGUUCUGUUCUCGUCGAUCGUUUGAUCGCUGUUGCAGAAGUCCCAAUGGAGAAAAUCGACCCUCAUACCGGUGACAAAUUGGUUGAAUCGCAUCCUGCGUUUUACCAAUCUUACGAAUAUGUUCGUGGACAAAAGUUGGGUGUUAUCAAGUUGCACAACAGGGUUGUGGAACGAUUGGCCCAGGACAAUUUGCAUCGAACCAUCCAUCCGCGCCAUCUUCCCAUGCUUGUGAAACCCAGACCAUGGAUAGACUACAACAACGGCGCCUACCUCAUCAACAAAAGCUACGCCAUGCGGUUCAAAGAAUCGAUGGAACAAGAAUCGUACAUCAAAGCCGCCACGGAACAAGGAAACCUCGAGCUCGUCUACGCCGGGCUUGAUAUCCUAGGCAGCACACCGUGGCGGGUGAACAAGGACAUCUUCGAUUCGGUGAUCAAGGUGUGGAACACGGGAGAACGGAUGGGCAAGAUCCCGCCUGCGUCGUAUGAGGAGCCUGAGCCGGUGCUUGCGCCGGAGCUCGCGAAGGAUCUGCAGGCGCGCAGUCAUCAUAUUGUGCGACACCGCGCGUGGGCGCAGGAGCAGGCGAACAAUCACUCGGAUAGGUGUAGUGUUAAUUAUAGGCUGGAGAUUGCAAAAGCUUUCUUGCAGGAUGUGUUCUAUCUACCGCACAACUUGGACUUCCGCGGGCGCGCGUACCCGAUCCCGCCGCAUCUGAACCAUAUGGGCGACGAUCUCUCGCGGGCGUUGAUGAUGUUCGCCCAUGCGAAGCCGCUGGGCGUACGUGGGCUUCGCUGGCUCAAGAUCCACGCGGCGAAUCUGUUCGGGUACGAUAAAGCCCGGUUCGACGAGCGUGUUGAGUGGGCUGAGGAGCACUUUGAGCAAAUGCGGGAGGCGGCGAAGAACCCGCUCGAUGGUUCGAGAUGGUGGCAAAAGGCAGACGACCCCUGGCAAUUCCUCGCGGCGUGCAUAGAGCUCACCAAGGCACACGAGCUGGAGGACCCGACGACGUACAUGUGUGCGCUACCGGUGCACCAGGACGGGACGUGUAAUGGGCUGCAGCACUACGCGGCGCUGGGCGGAGACACACAGGGCGCGGAGCAGGUCAAUCUCGCUGCGGCGGAUAAGCCGUCGGAUGUGUAUACGUUUAUUAGUUUGAGAGUGCAGGCUGCUAUUGAUAAAGAUGCGGAUAAUGGGGUUGAUAUUGCGAGGAUAUUGAAGGAUAAGAUUACGCGAAAGGUCGUCAAGCAGACGGUCAUGACGACUGUGUACGGUGUAACGUUCAUCGGCGCGCGCGAGCAAAUUGAGAAACAGCUCCGGGACCGUACAGACCUGCCCAAAGAAAUCUGCUGGCAAGCCGCAUCCUACAUCGCCAAGCAGCUUCUCUCCACCAUCGGAGACACAUUCAAAGGCGCGAAGGGGAUCCAGGACUGGCUGAACCUGUGCGCGCGGCUGAUCUCGAAAUCUGUGCCGGCGAGUCGGUUGGGUGUGGUGGUGGAUGAGGUGGAUGGGAAGAGGUAUGCGACGCUUGGGAGGAAGGAGGUGAAGCGCGAGCAGAUGACGAGUGUGAUUUGGACGACGAUGUUGGGGCUGCCGAUUGUUCAGCCGUAUAGGAAGAUUUCGAGGAAGCAGAUUAAGACGAGCAUUCAGAGUGUGUAUAUUUCGGAUCCGCAUAGGAGCGAGGAAGUCAAUUCGCAGAAGCAAGCUACGGCUUUCCCUCCCAACUUUAUUCACAGUCUGGAUGCGACACACAUGUUGCUGACUGCUAUCAAAUGCAAUGAACGCGGGCUGACGUUCGCGUCGAUCCACGACUCGUACUGGACGCACGCGUGUGAUAUCGAUACCAUGUCCGAAGCGAUUCGAGAGACAUUUAUCAGUCUUCACCAGUCUGAUAUUCUGAACAAGCUGCAACACGAGUUCCUCACGCGCUAUGCGAUGCACUAUAUCCCGGUGCAUGAGCUGGUUUCGCGGCACAAGUCGCGGCCGUCGCUGCUUUUGGAGAAGCUGCACCAUGCGGGGACGGUGGUGUAUACGAGCGAGGAGGACGCGGGGCUGCUGAAGCCGUUGGGAUCUCUUGUGGAGGUGACGGAGGAUAGCAGCAAGUGGGCGAAGCUGAUGGAGAUGAGGAAGGCGGUUGCUGCUGAGGGCGAGGAUGAGGAUGCGGCGUUGGUGGCGGCGGCGCAGGAGGGGAAGAAGGUUAAGAAGGGUAAAGGAAAACCUAGGGGACGGCCGAAGAAGGCGGGGGCGGAGGAUGGCGAGGGCGUUGUGGAGGAUUUGGAGGACGACGAGGUGGAUGUUGCGUUGCGGGAGAUGGAGAAUGAAGAAGAGAUGGAGUUGGACGAUGAAUUGGAGCAGAUGUUGAUGAAUACUCGCGGGCAGGGCGGCGUCUAUAUUCGCCUCAUCGAUCUCAUCCCGCCGCUGCCUGAAAAGGGCGACUUUGAGGUGGAGGCUAUCAAGGCUUCACCGUAUUUCUUCUCAUGA